ACUAAUUCUGACACGGGAAUCUAUUGUGUUAAUCCCUAGGUAGUGCAUAGGGGAUAGGGUGCGAAGUGUGAUUUAAGAUGUAUUUGCAUUUUUUGAACCAGAAGCUGGCUUUGCUUGUCGAGGAUUUGUACAAGUUUUGUACUGAGAUCAGUGAACAUUUCGAUCUUCUCCACGUGUUGAGAAACGUCGUGUCAAAUCAAUCAUGAGCACCACGACUCAGAGGAAGAGACGAACAAGUUCCACUGCAUGUUCCAGACGAAACAGCAAAAGAAGUAGGAUGCAGAUGUCUCAGGCCUCAGUGGAAACCAUUGACGUUCUAGAAGGCACCAGGUUAAGCAGUGAAGAUGUAGUAGAUUUAACCUGUGAAGGAUCAGAGCCAGCUGUGGUUGAUCUUACAAACAACGAUUCGGUUGUGCUUUUGGAUGAUGGUACACAGAGCAGACGUAUGCAGGGCACUGAAAGUUACGUGCUGAGCAGCGAUGACGAGGAAGAGCCAAGUCAAAGUCUUAAUCCAGCUCUUCUGUCAUCGCUACACGCGAGCGCAAGAGCCAGGUCUACGCCUGGAGCGGUUAGUUGCCCUGUAUGCAUGGAUGCUUACACAGAGAUCAUUGAGAGCGGAAGGCUCAUGGUCUCCACCAAGUGUGGCCACCUGUUCUGCAGCCAGUGCAUCCGUGACUCCCUCGCCCGGGCUCACAACUGCCCAACAUGCAGGAAGAAACUUACUUAUAAGCAGUAUCACCCUAUCUAUAUCUGAGACACAAUGGGACGUUACGGUUUCACUGUCCUGUGUAACCAGACCUGCACUUUUAUGGCUUAUCUGUCUGCCAAAUUCUUUCUUACAAAACACAAAACACAAAAAGCUGCCAUGGUACAACACAUGAGCUUCUAAGUAUCAUACAGUAGUGGGUUUAAGUCCCCAAAGAUGCAUUCAUUUGAUCAAGGACCUGGAGACCAGUAAGCAGUGCAGUUCUUUGUAAAGUAUUGCUUUGAAUGGUUCAUUUCUGCCGAGUAAAAUAUUGGUUUCUAUCGUGUUAACAUGCUUUAUUGUAUUUUACAAAUGUGUACAUAGUUAGGACAAAGCAAAGUGAACGCUUAGAAAUGAUGCGUAUUGCUGCAUACUGUCCAGGUCAUUGUCUCUACAGUAUAUCAAGUAAGAGCUCAGCUCAGUCCAGCCCAGACCAAGUUUGCCAUCUGCUUUUAGGUUCUGAAAGUCGCAAUCUGUCGAACUAACUGUGUGCGGUUUGUUCUUCCAUGAAUCCAUUCACUGUAAAUAUUUGUAUGUAUGAGUGUACAAAGAUGUAGUAAGUUAACAGUAAAGGAAUGUGUAAGUGUAUUCCAAUAAAAGAUUACAAUGCC